GAUUACAAAGACAACAGAGUUCUUCCUUCUCUUGUCGAUGCUGAGCUGGCAAAUGCUGAAGCUUGGUGGUACAAACCAGAAUAUAUAAUCAACGAGCUUAAUAUAAACUCGGUGAUAACAACACCUGGUCACGAGGAGAUACUGCCUAUUAAUGCAUUUACCACUCAGAAGCCGUACACAUUAAGAGGCUAUGCUUAUUCUGGAGGAGGGAAGAAUGUAACGAGAGUGGAGGUGACUCUAGACGGAGGAGAGACGUGGAGUGUGUGUGAGCUUGACCACCAAGAGAAGCCGAACAAGUAUGGCAAAUUCUGGUGUUGGUGUUUCUGGUCACUUGACGUUGAGGUUCUUGAUCUGCUUAGCGCCAAAGAUGUAGCGGUUCGAGCCUGGGACGAGUCUUUCAACACCCAGCCUGAUAAACUCAUCUGGAACCUCAUGGGAAUGAUGAACAAUUGCUGGUUCAGGAUCAGAACCAACGUGUGCAAGCCUCACAGAGGAGAGAUAGGGAUUGUAUUCGAACACCCGACCCGACCCGGAAACCAAUCGGGUGGGUGGAUGGCAAAGGAACGUCAACUUGAGAUAUCCUCAGAGUCAAACCCUACUUUGAAAAAAUCAGUUUCAUCUCCUUUCAUGAACACUUCCUCGAAGAUGUACUCAAUCUCCGACGUUAGAAAACACAACUCAGUCGAAUCUGCAUGGAUCAUUGUUCACGGCCACGUCUACGACUGUACACGUUUCUUGAAAGAUCACCCAGGAGGCACUGAUUCGAUCCUCAUCAACGCAGGCACUGAUUGCACCGAAGAGUUUGAAGCUAUUCAUUCAGACAAAGCCAAGAAGAUUCUUGAAGAUUACCGUAUCGGUGAGCUCAUCACCACCGGCUACGACUCUUCCCCUAAUGUCUCCGUCCACGGUGGCUCCAACGUAGCUCCUCUGUUAGCUCCCAUCAAAGAGCUUUCUCCUCCAAAGCACAUUGCAUUGGUCAACCCACGUGAAAAAGUCCCAGAUAAACUCAUUGAGAAGACUUCUAUCUCUCACGAUGUUCGUAGGUUUCGAUUCGCAUUACCAUCUGAAGAUCAGCAGCUUGGUCUACCCGUUGGGAAACACAUCUUCCUUUGCGCCAACAUUAACGAUAAGCUUUGUCUUAGAGCCUAUACUCCGACCAGCACGGUCAACGCCGUUGGACAUAUCGACUUAGUCGUCAAAGUUUACUUCAAAGACGUUCAUCCAAGAUUCCCCAACGGAGGGCUCAUGUCACAACACUUAGACUCGUUAUCAAUCGGUGCGGUUUUAGACAUCAAAGGUCCAUUAGGGCACAUCGAGUACAAAGGCAAAGGCAACUUCAUGGUCAACGGUAAACCCAAGUUUGCCAAGAAACUAGCCAUGCUAGCCGGAGGAACAGGCAUCACUCCGAUCUACCAAGUCAUUCAAUCUAUACUAAGUGAUCCAGAGGACGAAACCGAGAUGUAUGUGGUUUACGCAAACCGAACCGAGGAUGACAUACUUGUUAGAGAAGAGCUAGAAGGAUGGGCUAAUAAGCAUAAGGAGAGGCUAAAGCUUUGGUACGUUGUUGAAAUCGCAAAAGAAGGUUGGAACUAUAGCACUGGGUUUAUAACCGAAGAUGUGCUUAGAGAACACGUCCCGGAAGGUUUAGAAGGCGAAUCGCUUGCGCUGGCGUGUGGACCACCUCCUAUGAUUCAGUUUGCGUUACAGCCUAAUCUUGAGAAGAUGGGUUACAACGUGAAGGAAGAUCUCCUGAUCUUCUAAGAAUGGUUCAAACUUUAUAUACAAGCAAUAACAGUUAUUGCUUUUGUAAAUACAUUGUUAUUUGGGUGCUUUUGUUAGAGUUUGUAUUCCAAAAUGUAUAAUGUAUUGUAUUUAUCGUUUAUGUUGUUGUUGAUGAUUAUGGUAUUUAUAAUGAUAAAUGAUGAAAGCAUCACG